GUCGAAAUCGCACUGUGACUUACCUUGAGCAAUAUGACCGAUCACGUCGACGCUGUAUCGAAGCCAUUGACCAAGCUUCCAAUUGAGACCACGCCGCUACUAGGUCUAAAUGUUAAUGUGGAGCAUACUUCAGACAACGAGUCUGCGGACUCGACUGGCACGGGCACAGCCACAGCCACAGCCACAACCACCGCCACCUAUGGGUCUAUAGCUGCAUCUUCCACGUUGUUCAAUGGGCUAGUGGGUGUCGGAAGCUUCAGUUUACCGUACGCCUUCAAAACUGCCGGGUUAGGCUUAGGGUUGUGUAUUCUGUUAAUAGGUGCCGCGUGCUCUAUCAUUACCAACAUAUACACACUUGACUUCCUUGCACGAGCUCCGGAAACUACUGCACUGGCUGAUAAAGAGAAGAGGGAAAGACUGGAGGACCAUGGAACACCCCGCAACGCAGACUUUUCACACCCAACAAGUAGCACUCUGAUCACAUCUACCGAGGUAGUCCAUGAAAUCAGCAGUGUACAAGUGUAUUCCUUCUCGGAUCUGGCUGGUCUAUUCGCGGGCCCUAUUAUCAAACUUCUUUCGCAGGCUUCGAUCAUUGCAUAUGGAACGCCGCUUGCCAUGGCCACGGUUUUCUCGUCUUCGGCUGCGUCUCUGUACUUCUCUACAAUGCAGAGUGGCGAUUGCGAUGUGUUCAGCGCCAGUCCAUCCGUCGAGUGUAUAGGAUCAUAUUAUUCCAUCCUAACCCUGUUCACCUUUCUAAUGGUGUGCAUGGUAUACAAGGAACUCACCGCACUAGCAGAUCUACAGCAGAUCUUGACAGUGUACAGAGGUCUCACAUUUUUCAUCAUGCUUCUUACGGUGGGUAGAAAGCUAUAUAUCGAUGGGAUGUAUGCGUUGGACAGUCGACUACACACCACGGGCUACUUUCACUUCGACCAGUUUGCAGCAGCCUUUGGGCCCAUCUUCAACGCACUCACAACACAGUACCAAGUUCCACCGGCCAUCUACCCGCUCAAGAACAAGGCGAAGUCUAUGAAUGUGGUCACAGGCUAUGUAUCUGUAGCCACAGUCAUCUACGUAUUGGUGGGUGUCAUGUGCGCACUGGCGUUCGACAAGGUGAAUCCGCUUGUAAUCCUCGAGUGGAGUUCGUAUACCGGCUGUGGGAACGGAUUCGAACCAUGUGCCUCAAACACUUUCCCCAGUCUUCUCGCGAGCUCAAUUAAGCUGUUGAUAUUGGGUUUCCCUCUGUUUAAUGUGAUAUCCUGUUUCCCCUUGACGUGCUUCUGUGUGGGUGAGAAUCUGCUGUCAUGCAUGCCCGAAGCGACUGUAGCCAGGUUUGGUCGUGAGGCCACAUUUUUGGCUUGCCGUAUGAUCAUUUGUACCAUAUCAAUCACUGUGGCAGCUUGUAUGGUUCGCAUUGAUACCCUUCAGACUAUAGUUGGGCUGACCGGAAGUGUAAUCGGUCUAUCUCUGCCAAUAUUCAUUGAAAUGUGCAGUAUAUACAUGUGGCCCAACCAACACAAGACACCUUACACAUUCCAAUUUAUCACUAGCAAUGCAUUCUUGAAAGCAUUUCUCGUGAUUAGUAUGAUAUGCACGAGCGCGGCACUAGCCACCUUCAAGGUUUGAAUUGACUUCAGCGGAAAGAAGAUUUACAUUAUCAAUUUAGUAAACGAC